CACAAACUUUGUCGACUUCCUUUUGCAUUUUGUCGGUGCCUUCUAGCAGUAAGCGCAAACCGCAACUGUUUCCUUCCUCACCCCGCCCGGUUCGCUUACGCAACUUACCUGAUCCAAAGCGAUUGAUUACCAUGACUUGGACGGAUGAAGUGCACGGCAAUCGCUUCCGCUCGGCGAUUGUGACCGCGACCGCCGAGCGCAAGCUGCGGAAAAGGGGGCUGCCGGUACCGGUGAUGCCGACGUCACAGUCGGGACCGCUCCUAGCCAUGGUAGCGGUGGCCUCGGGGCUGGUGGCGUGGCAGCGGUGGGGCCCCACCGUGCGCUCCGCACUGGAGCGCAACCCCGUCGUCCAGCAGCUUCGCGAACUCGUGUUCGGGCCCGCCUCGUCGUCGGGUCCUCGGCAAGUGGCCGCGAAGACGACCGGCGGCAGCGGCAAGGCUGGUUCUGGGGCCAGCGGCAAGGUGAGCGGCAGCAGCAGCGGCGCCAAGGUGGCGGCGCGGAAAGCGGCGGUGCCAACUCCCACGGCAGCGCAGCUGGCGGCGGCGGCAGCGGAGGCCCGAAUCCUGGCGUCAGCCGGCGCCUCUACGAGUGGCUCCUCGAACUCCGCUGCUCCCUCUUCCUCCCAGCCUGCUAGCGCCCGCGCCGUGCAGCCGCAGGCGUCCACUUCAGCAUCCUCCGCCGGCGCCUCCACGUCCGCGGACGACCGCGGGGCAGCAGCAGCGCCCGCCGCGGCCAGCAGCAGCGGCGGCGGCGGCAGUAGCAGCAAGAAGAAGAACAAGAAAAAGCGCUAAAUUGUGCGGCUGGGAUUGCUUCCGGAGGAUUAGUGCAGGACGUUUUAGGAGGCGGCAUGGGCCGCACCUGCACGGCGGCAGGCUUCGGAGAUAUGCCUGGGUGAGGCUGCGGGCUGCCGAUGGACUCCGAAGGUAGCUUGGAUAAAGGUUUGCGACACGUUGCCCGAUUGGCUGGGAGGCCGGAGGCACAUGCCUAGUGGCAACGAGGCUGCCACUGACCGCUGCUGGAGGCUGGAAGCGUUGGCCUGUCUUGUGGGUGGGGAGAGUGUGCCCUGCGCUUCGGUUGCGUGUAUGCGAGCGGGGCCGAGCGAGGGCGAGGUGCUGACAGCGCAGGUCUGUGCAGCUGUGCUGGAUUUUCAGGAGAUGGGGCUGAGGCCCCCAUUUGACUGGGGCAAGGCCACGGGUCAGGCCGGAUGACUAGGGAAAGUUCCGAGGACCCCCACGGAGGACCCCGCGCUGGCUGAUGUGCGCAGUGCCGGGGAGGUGCGAGAUGCAUGGUGAAAUCAUAGUCUCGGCUCAGAUCGCAUGAAUGAGGAGACUGUACACCUGUGAAGGUCAUGUUGACAGCGCAGCCUGGCCGGUAUGAAGCAGAGGUGUUAUUCUCACCAGAUUCGGGAUGCGAGCGAGGGAGGACACGGUACAUGAAGAAGCCCUAACAGUUCGGGCUCAUCUUCAUGGUGCGGCACAAGGCCUGCACGGGAUUCGCAAAUGAGGCGCUUGUCGUCGUGGUCAACAGUUUGCCGUAAUGUCACACGCGAACACGUGUGCAACUCAAAACGCGUGUCAACGAGGGCCAACCGUCCAAAAGCUGUAAUACGAAGAGCAC